AUGUUCGCCACCAAGCCUCCGGAUGCGUGGGAGGGCUUGGACGUCAUCGUGGAAGAAUGCUCGAAUCAGUCUACGGCUUCCCAAAACAUCACACUUGCCGACUUGGCCGACGCUGAUGACGUCCAACGACGCCAAUUCACCCUCGAUCUUUGCACAUCGCAAACCCCUGGGGAGGAAUCGCAAUUUCACAAAGCCAGGGCGCAGCGCUUGGGUCACAUCGCGCGCGAGCUGCGUGCCAAGGACGGGGGAGUGCCCGUGCAGUCUCGCCUGCGCGGACUCCGCCAGUACGACGCCUGCUUCGUCGGGGCGGAGGCGGUGAACUGGCUGCUCAAGCACCGCUAUGCGCAGACGCGAGUGGAGGCCGUCAUGGUGGGCAACGACCUCAUGGAUGCGGGCCACUUCCACCACGUGGCCGACAAGACCGACUAUGUGGAAAGGAGAUACAAGUACGCCUUCAAGGACUCCUCCGAGGACUACUACCGCUUCUAUGUGCACGAGGUGGAGGAACCCAAUCAGCUCAAGAAGCGGAUGGAGAAGCGGGAGAAGAUGAUGCGGCAGAAGCAGCACCGCAGGGCCAAGAGCGAAGUGGGCACCACGCGCGAGAGCGAGCCGACCUCGCCACGCCUCAAGGAACACUCGGGCAGUGCCAUCGUCGAGAGCAGCACCACCACCACGAGCUCCGUAGAGCCCACGCGACCGCGCUCAAAAGUGGUAAAGAGGCACAAUCGCGCCAUGUCUUCUUCGGAUCCGUCCCUUGCUGGCUCCGUCAGUUUGGACGCCUUCCCACUCGGCUCCGAGGACAGCGAGGCCGAAGCACACACCCCGAUAGCCGACCUCAGGAGCAGCGGCGAAGAGGGCAAGGGCUCCUCCUCAUCCCUCCCCGUGCGGGUGAAGAACAAGGUGCGGCAGGUAAUGGGCGAGAAGCUGCGGCCGGCGUGGAUCGAAAGGACAUACGCUGCACCCGAAGGCCUAUCGCCUGAGGAGGUCGAAGACAUUGUGUGGUACGUGCGGCUCCGCCUCAGGCGGGGCUACCAGAAAGUGGAUGACACCCCGUACGAGCAGAUGGAGCUGCUUUCCAGCACCAACACACUGCAUAAGGGCAACAUCGAACGGGCCACGGGUACGGUGUACAUGAUCGGCCUGGAUGGCACGGAGGCGUCGAAGCGUGCCUUCCAAAUGCUGGUGGGCCACAUCCUCAAGCCGACCGACUUCGUCUACCUUAUUGCCAUUCGCGAGCGGAAGAUCCCGGACAGGCUCGCUCUGCUCUCGCGCAAUUCGCCGGAGCGGCUCAAGUGGCAAUUCGAUCUGUGGCGCGUGGCCCGCAAGAUCCUACGCCCCGCACACAAGGAGCUCCUCGCACGUCAGACCGAGCACUCGGCGCUGACGCCCAAGUCGUCGGAUGCCCGCAAGAAAUUCAUCCGCCUCGCCCGGCAGUACCAGGUGGAGACCAUCGUCCUGGGCAAACACGGCAAGGCCGACGUCAACCCUCUCUCUGCCGUGCAAGGGCACUUCCGGAAGAUGACGGGCUUUGUCUGCAAGCACGCCAAGUGGGGCGACGUGCUCGUCUUUUGA